CAUACAUAAUUAUGUAUGGUACAUAUAUUUACUAUCAAAUUAUUUUUUUUUCUUGUGACAAUAUUAUGCAUUUCAGAAAAAAAUUCCCAUUGUAUGUUCUUCCUGUGUUGAAGUUCACAAGAGACAACAGUCAUUAAAAACAUAAAAUAUUGUUAAAAAAGGAAGUUUGCAACAGGCAGAACAUUUCUGUAACAACUUGAAACUAAUACAGUCUUGAUGAAGACAGAUUUAUUAUAGCUACAAAUGUUUACAAACAAAUCUCUUCAGAAAGAAUAUGAUACAAUUUGGAAAGUACAAGUAAGGGAAAAUAUCAUACAAUUGGGCGAAAUGGUUUUGUAAGGACAUUUCCUGAUGAUACCUCUUGUAACUGGGAGGAAACACUCCGUAUAAAACAGACCGAUUUCUAUCCGAAAAAUGAAAAUAAAAGGUCACUUUGAUGAAACUGCCUACAUCCCUCAAAAAAGAAAUAUCAUGGGGGCUAAACUCAUCUUCAUGUUCUCUGUUUUAUUCUCUGGUUUGGAUUUGGGAAAAGCAAAUGCUUACACAACAGGCCACACCUACCCACAUCUGAAAAAGUUGUAUGAGAAAAUGCUGGGGAACUAUGAUAAACGGAUACUGCCAAAAUGCACAAACGAACCAGUGAAUGUCACAAUACAGCUAGCACCAAGAGAGAUCGUAGACAUAACAGAACCAUUAGAAGUUGCAAAGUUCCAGCUCUGGGUCCGGUUAUCCUGGUUUGACUGUAACCUGGUUUGGAACAAGUCCUCAUAUGGAAACAUCUCUACUUUUACAGUUCCAAAUAAAGACAUUUGGAUACCUGAUCUGACUCUCCUGGAGGAUAUAGAUUACACUGCCAACAUGCCAAACAUGAAGCUAUUUCGAGCAAUGGUCAGCAGUGAUGGAAUCGUUCAUUUCAAUUUUUUAACAGUAGUGAAUACAGUUUGUCAAAUGAACUUGCAAUACUACCCAUAUGACGUUCAGAAAUGUGGUUUCACCUUCAUGUCUUGGGUCUAUACUUCUAGUAAUUUGCACAUCCAACCCUUGUCUGAUUUCGGAGAUCUUACAAAUUUUUCUCCGAAUCAGGAGUUCAUUGCAGCAGAAGUCACAGCUCAGAGUAUUAGAAAAGACUUUCCUUGCUGUGGAGGGAAUUUCUCACAAGUGAUUUACACCCUCAAGUUGAAAAGACGUCCUGCGUUCUUUAUGGCAACCAUUGUAGUGCCAUUUUUUAUCAUAACUAUGAUCUCUUUUGCUGGAUUUGCUCUCCCAUCCAUAUCUGGAGAGAAGAUCACCUUCCACACAACUAUUCUGCUUGCCACAGUGGUGUUUUUACUCCUGGUACAAGAUCAAUUCCCUUCCACCUCUGAAACGUUCCCAAAAAUAGCCAUCUAUUUUUCCUUCAGUAUGAUAUUAAGCUGUAUGUCUUGUGUUAUGUCUUCCAUUGUAAUGUACAUCUACUACAAUGAUCUGAGUGGGAAAAAAAUGAACAAGUGGAUCAGGAAAAUUCUGAUAGAAUGGAUGGGAAAGAUCAUGUUGGUAAAUGAAAGAAACCUUCCAUAUAGUGCAAAAAAUACUCCAGCAGAAAUUAUCCAAACGAAACCAAAUGUCACACAGGAAGAGCUUCGUAAAAGCAGGAAAAGUCGCAAAAGUCUUAAAAUUCUGGAGGAGGCUUCUCACCGUAUUACCCAAUCAAUGAACGACGUGCAGUUUAUAAACGGUUUGUAUAGAGAGAAAAACAGGGCUGAACAUGAAGAAAAUUUACCAAAAUUGAGAAUGCAACAAAGUCAAUCCUAUGAUCAGUGCGAGGGCAACUCCAUUAUAGAGCAGGACCUUGACCCUUCUACUAGACGCAUGAAUGACUGGGAGUUACUGGCGUACACGCUUGAUAGGUUCUUCACGGUUUUCUAUGUCUCCAUGACAGUUUUGAAUUCACUGGUGUUCCUGAUUAUCAUGAAAAGUCAUGAAGCUGCUCAGUAGUUCAGGCCAUCC